AUGGCGAGGUCGAAGCGGCGAGUCCGGGAAGCACGCGCAUCCCCGUGGCCGUUCGCCUGCGCGCUCUUGCUCCUCGUCUCGUGCGUGUGCGUGUGCGCGGCUCCGUCCGGGAACCGUCCCCGGCGGCUCGUGUGCUGGCAGGCGAUCUUCAACUGCAACGCCGAGCCCCAGUGCUACUACGCGUACGAGCAGUACACGCGCGCGUGCGAGCCGGUCCUGAGCGGACACCGCCGGUCGUGCCCGAGCCACUGCAUCGCGUCUCUCGUCCAGCUCAACAUGACCAAAAACGGGCCGGCCCUGGAGGACUGCGGCUGCGCCGACGACCCGCUCUGCCGCGAGACCAAGCGCGCCAUCGAGCCCUGCCUGCCCAGGACGAGCAGCGUGGGCUGCACGGAGGCGCGCAGGCAGUGCGAGAGGGACUCGCAGUGUCGCUCGGCUAUGAGCGACUACAUGAAACACUGCAGCAAGCUGUUCGGCGGCGUCACGUGCACGAGUGCCUGCCGCGACGUGAUCGCGCACAUGCGCCGCCUGCCCAAGGCGCAGCUGCUGGACACGUGCGUGUGCGACGGCGCCGAGCGCACCAUCUGCGAGUAUAUUAAGACCAGCAUGCAGACGCUGUGCUUCGGGGCGCCUCCGUACCCCCCGGAGGAAGGAUCGGGCAACACCAUGUACGACUACGAAGACGGUGAGGAUGAUGAGCCGGUGCAGCGCGUGGCCGUCGGGAACUCGGGGACCCGCAUGCUUGGCUGGCGCGUUCUCGCCGGACUUUUGCCUGUUUUGCUCCUGUUGCUUUUGCUUGUUUGAUCAGAUCUGAACACCAAUUGCUCUCUUACACCCCCUACCCCACCACCACCACCACCACCACUGCUUUUAAAUUAUUGGGGAUUUGCAGUUUUAAUUGCCUUAAUCUCUAAAGAUUAGAUGAACCUGUGUACAGUUGUAACACUUAAUUACUACACAAAAUGUAGGCGCACCGAGCGUGCCGUCGAGCCCUGCCCGCCCAGAACGGGCAGCAGGGGCUGCACGGAGGCGCGCAGGCAUCACGUUUCUCUCCGUUCAUCAGCCUACCGUAGAGGCCGAGCACGCCGCCGGGCCCUGAACGGGCAGCAGGGGCUGCACGGAGGCGCGCAGGCAUCACGUUUCUCUCCGUUCAUCAGCCUACCGUCGAGGCCGAGCGCGCCGCCGAGCCCUGCCCGCUUGGAACGGGCAGCACGGGCUGCACGGAGGCGCGCAGGCAUCACGUUUCUCUUCAUUUAUCAGUCUACCGUCCAAAUCAACAUUAAUAGAUUAUUAAGGUAAAUAGCUAUGACACUUUCCACAACAAAUGACCUAAAUCUGUCAUUUUAAUGUCAUUUUCCACAACUAGUGUCUACGGUCAGUGUGUACAUUUGUCACUGCUAGUAUCAAUACCAUGACCGUGACACUGAUUUGCUUUUAUUAACUUUUACCUUUAACUAGUUGGCUAUGAAAUUUAGAAGUUAAUUGUCUGGGUUGAAGUGCCACGACUGCUGUACCACUCCUUUGGCUUGAUAAGUAAAGUAUUCUGUAUUCCUAAUAUUGAAAAGGAAAUUAAUCAAUACUACCAUCUGUUAUAUUAUACUUUUAUAGAGCAUUGUAUUGUAGGCUAUUAUAAGAUGCAAUAUAUACGUAUACAGACGUACAGUACAAUUAAAUUCUUUCUUCGCAUAUCAGAGCGCAGGGUCAGCCGUCGUACGGCGCCCCUACGCCCUGGAGCAGACAGGGUUAAGGGCCUUGCUCGAGGACCCGACAGUUGCUGCAUAGCAGAGCCUGGAUUUGAACCGGUUGAUAGCCCGAAGCUCUACCCACUAGGCUACCACUGUCCCAUUUCAUUUGAUUAGGUCACAUGUCAGACUGGAGUUACAUUUCAUUUCUGAUAUACAGUGUACUAACGAGUUCUGACGAGUUGCACUUAAAAUAUAUCAGAAGCAAAAUUGUAUGCAUUCAGUCCAUAGAUCCACUUUGAAACGUAUAUUCUUUAAUUGUAAACAUAUACGAUGUUUACAAGAUUAUAAUAAUCACAAUACAUGCUUAAUCUUAAGCAGGCACUUAAAGCUAAUGACGAUCACAUCUUACAGAUCUCUUUAACUGAUGUCUUAACAGCACAGACAUGCAUAUACUUGACAUUUUCCACUUUUGGACCCAUGACCGUGAUUUUGUUACAACUGUAUGCAGGCUUAUUCUUGACACCCCCAAUCCUUAUAAUAUUGCAUUGCCUUGUUUCGAGUCUAUGCAAUCAGUUGCACCCUUCAGAAACUGAACCGAAUUGAACUUUCCGAAGAAGAAAACAAUUUGAAUAUUUAUUUCUGAGCUGCCUGGAAAGGAUAUGACUGUAUUUUUUAUUUUUUUUUAACAAAGGAAAGCUCGGUCUAACACUACUGCCUUAAAAAGACUUGUUCUAUUCUUGACGUUGUCAGGGAAGGACGGCUUGACGAUACACGUGUUGCUCUUAAGAAAAUACGUAUGUGCACCUAAAGAGUUUUAUUUUGUUACUUAGAGAUAUAACAACGCAAGGGUUGAAUCAGACAGCUUUGCACUGCCGACAUGCAACUACACAGAAUGAUUUCCAGUCGUUACUUCAGUCGGAUUUGAAUGAACACUGCUGGUGCUAAUGCAUCGAAGACACUGUCGGAUCGUUUGCUGUGUAGUGUUUUCACGCUGCAGUAUGUAACCUUUGUAACUCAUUUCGGACACAUCACACGGCAUACCAAAGAAAACUUGCAAUGUUGUAAUGUCGUGCUGUGCUGCGCUGUGCAUCUCGCAACCUGUCUUUUAGAGUAAACAUUGGAAUAGUUUUGAAGUUGUGCCUUAGAUUGUGAUCUGUCCACCACCAUCAUCAGCACCAUAUCUGACUCGAUAGCUUUCGACUUCGUAUGAAUAGUUUAGGCCUGACAGGAGCACAGCGGCGCGCGUGUAGCGCCACUCGUCUUUACUUCGGUUCUUUUUGGAACAAGGUAUUUUUAGACAAAGGUUACAUACUGCAGUUUUAAGCUAUUUUAUAUCAAAUGUCAGAAGGUCAAAUGCUGGAUUAAAUUAGAUGACAAGUGAAAAAGUAGUGAUAGAGUGAAAUCAUUGAAAAACGUUUUGUAAGAUAAAAUGUCUCUGAACCAAGGGCAAAGUUAUUUUGUUGUAAGAAUCUUCAUACUGUACAGUGUAAAUAUUUUCAGAGAAUCUUUUAUUGUGCUAUCCAAGAUGAAUUAUUGGGUGUAGAAAUGUCUAAAUCCACUGUAUGACUGCCUCGUUGAUGUACUUUUUAUAGAAGGCAUAAAAAACGUCAUCCUGCAACUCUUCACAAGUGACUGCUGACCUCUCUUAUCUUCCUUAUCAUUGAUC